AUCCCCAACCCCAACCCGUCGCCGGAAAAUUCCACCGCACACGAGACCAGCAGGCGAAGAAAGGCAGCUAACUAGGAGAAGCAAAGAUGCCGUGCCUCCAGGCGUCCAGCCCCGGCAGCAUGCCUUACCAGCACCACGGGCGCGGCGUCGGGUGCGCGGCGGAGGCGGGCGCGGCUGUUGGCGCGAGCGCGGGGACGGGGACUCGGUGCGGGGCGCACGACGGCGAGGUGCCCGCGGAGGCGGCGCGGCACCACGAGCACGCGGCGCCGGGGCCCGGGCGGUGCUGCUCCGCGGUGGUGCAGCGCGUGGCGGCGCCCGCGGAGGCGGUGUGGUCGGUGGUGCGGCGGUUCGACCAGCCGCAGGCGUACAAGCGGUUCGUGCGCAGCUGCGCGCUGCUGGCGGGCGACGGCGGCGUGGGCACGCUCCGCGAGGUGCGCGUGGUGUCGGGCCUGCCCGCGGCGUCCAGCCGCGAGCGCCUGGAGGUGCUGGACGACGAGAGCCACGUGCUCAGCUUCCGCGUGGUCGGCGGCGAGCACCGGCUCCAGAACUACCUCUCCGUGACCACCGUCCACCCGUCCCCGGCCGCGCCCGACGCCGCCACCGUCGUCGUGGAGUCGUACGUGGUGGACGUGCCGCCGGGCAACACCCCCGAGGACACCCGCGUGUUCGUCGACACCAUCGUCAAGUGCAACCUCCAGUCGCUGGCCACCACCGCCGAGAAGCUCGCACUCGCAGCCGUGUAGGCGUGACUGCGUGAGGAGGGGACUCCAUCUCCAUGGGUGAUCUGAUCGAUAGUUUUUCGGGGGGGAGGACGGAUGCGUGAGUUUUUUUUUCUUUUAUCCCCUCUUUUUUUAGCCUUUUCACAUUAGUGCCCUCUCCUCUUGGUUUUGGUUAUUAUUCUUUUUUUUUCUCGUUGUUGCGAGAGACAAGCAGCCCUUGGCCUCCCUCUCUAGCUAGUCCCUUGCCCAAACAUUCAAGGGAUCAAAGAUGACAAGUAUAAAUCGAUCCGUAGAGAUCCAAGUUCCGGCCCACGCUCGAUUGACAUGUAUAUGUAUAUAUAUGUUUAUGGUAUUAUAUAUAGACAGAUAUGAUGUUCAACAUAUCGUGUAUAUAUUCAUGCAAAAUACUGUUACAGUACUGUUUAUU